UGUCUGUGCUGUGUCUGGUUUCGUUAGCGUUUCUGUCAUUUUACUAGUACAAUGAUAUGCUACCAAGUGGUUUGUCUUACCUUGUUAUUUGUAUUUAUUGAAAAUGAAAGCAUUAGUGUUUAAUGUUAGUGUACGACUGUAAUCUAUAGAUAUUAUAAUAGGUUUUUGUGUGCAAGUGGUAACACAUUCUAAUCUAGGCCUGCCUGAGUGUAACAUUAAAUAUACAACUGUAAGUUAGACAUGGGUAAAAGGCAGCAUCAAAAGGAUAAACUCUACCUGACUUACAAUGAGUGGACAACAUUGUAUGGCGGUAAAAAAGGCGGGUCCAGAGAAGUCAAACUUUUCGGAGACUUCCCAUUUGACCAUUGCUGUGUUAGUCUUCAGCAGCCGUUUGAAAACCCUUACUGUGACCGAGAAGGAAACAUAUUUGAGUUGGAAGCUAUUUUGGGAUUUCUUAAGAAAUACAAGAUCAAUCCUGUUUCUGGAAAGCCGUUGGACUCCAAGUCUCUGAUAAAGCUGAACUUCUAUAAAAAAUGCCCCCAGGACGAUCCCACAUCGUAG